ACGGGGACUUGAACCUCUACAUAAUCCAAUUUUGUUUGUACCUGCACUAACAAUGCUGGAUUUAAUUUCAAGGGCAACACCAGUAUUUUCCUUUGUUAUUAAGGACAUAAUAGACUAUUUUAUAAGAAUAAAAUCAUCAGAUGAAGAAAUACAAACAAAACCAGUGGAUUGGAGCACCGAAGGUAAUAAUUGCGUAAACUGUGGACAAAUCAUAGAAAUCGAAGAUGACACAGUAGAAAUUGAAGAAAUAGAUGAUUAUACUGAUGAUAAUUAUGACACUUCAGAUUCUUUUAUUGAUGAUGAUAUAUAUACUGAUGAGAUAAUGGAAGUUGAAUAUGAUGAAUUGCAGUGA